AUGGGAAGACGUGACGAUUCUCCACCACAGCGACGUCCUGAGCCCAGCUACCGCUUCGAUAGCUACGAAGACGGCAAGGCGAAAUGGGCGCCGCGAACACCAGCAGAAGAUGCCCAAGAUAACCGCGACUACCACGACAACCGACGAGACUCGCGGCGGCACAAAGAGCACUAUGAUGCCGAUGCGCCGCUCCCACCAAAAGAGAGUCGACCACGCCCGCGCAGAAGAAGAUCAUACUCCUCAUCUGAGUCUGAGUCCGACGUACCACCGGCCAAACCACCGCGACGAAGCAACACACAGCGUGACCACCGCCCUCGUGACCGCGACACGUACAAUUCGUACGAUGAGCAAUCGCGCCGAGACAACCGCCGGCGCGACAAUCGCGGCUAUGUGAGCGACGACAGGCACGACAGACCCCGCAGAGACGAGUAUGACGACCGAGAUCGCAGAAAUCACCGCCGUGGCGACAGGGACAGGAGCAGAGACCGGAGUAGAGAUCGAUAUGACGAUAGGGACCGCGACAGACGUCGGGACGAUCGAGACCGAAGGGACCGCUACCGUGACGACCGUCGAGAUGACCGCUACCGCGGCGACCGCAAAGAAUCUGGAACUCCUUAUGAUGCCCUCUUCAAGAUGUUUGCAGACUCUCGCAGCGGCUCAAAGCGCGACGACAGGGACCGACGAGACCGCUAUGACGACCGCGAUUAUGAUCGCAGAGGGGACAGGGACGCUGGCAGACCCGGUCAGCCCGAGUGGCAGAAGCAGGCUAUGAGCAUGUUCACGGCAUACGCAUUGCCCAUCAUCAAGAAGGAAGGCACGAAGUACUUGCAUAAGCAAGCUGGUAAUCUCAUGGGAGGGAAAAAGCGCUAG